UUUUUAUGGCAGGAUUUUAUAUGGCACUUUGUAUUAGAGAACACAGGAAAAUCUCAGACUCCUGGAAGAUGCUGUUCUAUCCCUACAGGUAGCAAGACUGACAAAGCCAAUGGAUGGAGCAAAUCACUCUGCUGUGUCAGAGUUUGUGUUUCUGGGACUCACUGAUUCCUGGGAGAUCCAACUUCUCCUUUUUGUGUUUUCCUCUACAUGUUAUGUGGCAAGCAUGAUGGGAAACUCCCUCAUUAUGCUCACUGUGACCACUGACCCUCACUUACACACACCCAUGUACUUUCUGUUGGCCAAUCUCUCCUUCAUUGACCUGGGAGUUUCUUCUGUCACUUCUCCCAAGAUGAUUUAUGACCUUUUCAGAAAGCGUAAAGUCAUCUCCUUUAGUGGCUGCAUCACUCAAAUCUUCUUCAUCCACAUCAUUGGUGGUGUGGAGAUGGUGCUGCUCAUAGCCAUGGCCUUUGACAGAUAUGUUGCCAUAUGUAAGCCUCUUCACUACCUGACCAUCAUGAGCUCAAGAAUGUGCAUCUACUUUUUAAUGACUGCCUGGAUGACUGGCCUCAUUCACUCCAUGGUUCAAUUGGCUUUUGUGGUAAAAUUACCCUUCUGUGGUCCUAAUGUUCUGGACAGCUUUUACUGUGACCUUCCUCAGUUCAUUAAACUUGCCUGCACAGACACAUACCAAUUAGAGUUCAUGGUCACAGCCAACAGUGGAUUCAUCUCUGUUGGCUCCUUCCUCAUACUGAUAAUUUCCUAUAUCAUCAUCAUUCUCACUGUUCAGAAACACUCUUCAGCUGGUUUAUCCAAGGCUCUGUCCACACUGUCAGCUCACAUUACUGUGGUAGUCCUUUUCUUUGGUCCUUUGAUAUUUUUCUAUGUGUGGCCAUCUCCUUCCACACAUCUGGAUAAAUUUUUGGCCCUCUUUGAUGCAGUUCUCACUCCUUUCCUGAAUCCUGUCAUUUACACGUUCAGGAAUCAAGAAAUGAAGGUAGCAAUGAGUAGAGUAUGCAGACAGCUAGUGAAUUACAGGAAGAUCUCUUAAGUUAUGUCUGUAUAGUGAAGAGCCCUUAUUGAUAGUUGAUGGUCAGACUCAGAGAGAAGCUCUUGUUUGUUCUACUUUAAUUUGAUUAUACACACAGCUAUUGAAUCCAUUUUAUUUCCCACUCAGGAGGAGGGAACAUUCACUUUUGAAAAGAGAGAGUUACAUAUAAAGUAUUUAUAAACCAAAGAUUAUAAUAGUCCUGACCCUAAAUUCCUAAAGAGUAAUAGUUAUAUACAGAAAUUUUUGGAAACACACAAGAGUGCAGACUUUUUUUUAAAAAAAAUAUUUUAUUAAUUAUGCUAUUAUGGUUGUUCCGUUUUUCCCCUUUAUCCCCUUUCACUGAGCACUGCCCCUCCCAUUAGCAUUUCCCCCCCAACCUUAGUUCAUGUCCAUGGGUUAUACAUAUACAUUCUUGGGCUUCUCUAUUUCCUAUACCA